AUGAAGAUCAAUCUGACAUCUUUAGCCAUCGGGUUCAUUGUCAUGAUGGUCGCGACGGCAUACAUGACCCGAGCGAUUCAACUGGUUUUGGGCACAUCCAAGCGCGCCAUGACUGAGCGUGCCGAGGAACUGGGCCCUCGAGGAGAUGAGAUACCGAUGAGUGCAAUUCCCGCCAGCGAAGACGAGCAACAUGCUGCAUCGGCUCUGUCGCCAGCGCCUUCUUCUCUCGAUCUCAGCCCACCUUCGCCGGCGGUGGCAUCUCAAGCUACGUCGCAAAUCCGGCUUCACGCUCCAGGUGAUGUCACGCCCUCGGAAGAAAGUGGCCAAGCUACUCCCGUGAAUCUGCCCCCGCAGGCGCCCCUGCCGUUGCCUCGAGCAGAAGUCUGGGCUUUGAGAAUCGUGCGACAUCUUGACCUGUUGACGUAUUCCAUACUGUUCCUCUUUGUGGGACUUCCCGUGUAUUAUGCGGUUGGCUAUGGCAUGCCCAUGCACCUCAGCUUUGGCGUUUUGAUGUAUUUUGGAGCCACUGCCCUUCCUCCUUCCUGGAGGCAAUAUCUGCACCCGGUACUCGUCUCAUCUCUCUUUACUGUUCUUGGCAUUUGGGUACUGGGACUUGCCAUGGGCCACAGUCUCGAAACUACUCUGACUGAAUACCGCACCGGAGCCAAAUACCUCGAGCUGUGGAAUGGCAGCCACGAGCUCCCGGGAGCUGGAGACAUACUGUCCAGCGUUCUGGACGCUAGUAUCGUGGCUCUCGCUUUGCCCAUGUACCAGUACCGACGAGAACUACGUCAGCAUUUCUUUGCCAUCGUGACACCAAAUAUCUUGGUGUCGAUUGCGUCUCUGUUUGCAUAUCCGUAUAUUUGCUACGCCAUAGGCAUCACCGCAGAGCGCAGUCUCGCCUUUGCGGCUCGCAGCCUGACACUCGCCCUCGCUACCCCGGCCGUGGUGAACCUCGGUGGUGACACGUACACUAUCGCUGCGAUCGCGAUUGCCAGUGGCAUUAUCGGCGCCCUGGUCGGACAGCAGAUGCUUGCGUGGAUGAAGAUACCCGAAGACGACUACGUCACGAGAGGAGUCACACUUGGAGCCAACUCAUCAGCGAUUGCGACCGCCAUGUUACUGCGCACAGAUCCUCGAGCGGCUGCACUCUCUAGCCUUUCCAUGGGCCUUUUCGGCACCAUUACAGUUCUUUUCACAUCUAUACCGCCAAUCGCUAAUGCCAUUCGGUCCUUGGUUGGAUUGUAA